GGUGACGCGACCCCGGCGCCGGAAGCUGCGCUGCUGCUGACUUGGUGUCGCUGCUGCUGGGGGAGCCGGAAUGGCGCCAAAGGGGAAGGUGGGAACCAAAGGCAAAAAGCAGAUUUUUGAAGAGAACAAGGAGACUCUGAAAUUCUACCUGCGGAUCAUCCUUGGUGCUAACGCCAUUUAUGCAGUUGUGAACCUGGUGAUCUUCUACACAACAGCCUCCUUCUGGACCUGGGUUGCGUUUGUGUUUAGCAUGGUGAUCUACAGUGCCAGUUACCGCUCCAUGAGCUCCAUGGCAAAGGCGUCUUUCACGGACGAUGGCAACCUUGCUGACGGGGGAAUUGACCUGAAUAUGGAGCAGGGGAUGGCAGAGCACCUCAAGGAUGUGAUCUUACUGACAGCCAUUGUCCAAGUGCUCAGCUGCUUCUCCCUCUAUGUCUGGUACUUCUGGCUCUUGGCUCCAGGACGGGCUCUCUACCUCCUGUGGGUGAACAUCCUGGGGCCCUGGCUCACGGCCGACUCUUCAGCUGCCACCCAGGAGCCAAAUGAGAAGAAGCAACGCCGCCAGGAGCGCCGCCAGAUGAAGCGCUUCUAGCUACACAGGUGGGGGUGGAUUAGAUCUAAUCCACCAGCUCCACCUUGUUACCUCAUCAGGGAUGCGAUUUAAACCAAUCAGAAACCAUCACAGUAUCUGUCACCCCUCAUCCAUCCAUUCCACUACAAAGGCUGCCAGAGACUUCCCUUGACUGCGUCUGAUGGUCACAUCAGGGGCCGCUCCACCAUUUGGGGCCUUACUUGACAAGGGGGAGGGAGGUUACAAUGGGAUAUGUGUAAAUAGCUUUUUCAAGCAAUGGUGUAAUGAGUGUGGGGAUUGGGAAUUACCUUGUUGGAGGAAAUAUAUUAAAGAGGCGAAUCUAAGCGCA